UUGGUGGAUUUGGAGCGAUUGAUGGGAUAUCGGUUGAUUUCGGCAGAAUAAUGGGGAAAAGGGAUUAUGAGGUAUAUCAAGGAUAAAUUAAGAGACAAAGUAGAGAAUGUCAGAUUCGAGUUCAAAAAAAUUUGAAAUUGAGUUCAAAGCUUUGGGGUUAUACGAGAUGUGGACUUUUGCAAUAUUUUAUGUAUGGGGAAUACAAACUCAACGUUAUCCUGGAUAUUUUAACAACUCUAAAUUUUCUUGUGAUUCUUUUAACAAUACUCCAAGUGAAAUGGAAGAAACAUUUCCUAUCGCUCACAGAAUUUUUGCUUCUUUUAAGCCAGAAGAAGUUGAAGGCGAUACAAUAUUUAAAAAGAAUUUCAGUAAAAAUGAAGUAAUUGAAGCUAAAGAAAAAUAUUUAAGAAUUCAUUACCCUCCUCAAAUACAUGAUUUAUUUAAGGAUGUAAAAAAUCAAAUUAAGGAAUUAUAUUUAUUUUCAACAAAGAUUAGAACUAUUGUUGACAAAUAUAUUGAUGAAAUAUUUGGGUAUGUUAUAAACUAA